AAAAAAAUAGUUUGCAUGAACAGCAGCUACCAAGAUUUCCUGGAUAUAAGUGAAUGGUCUUCCCCGGGUAAAUUCUGGAUCUUAUAUAAGGAAUCUUCAGCUCAGAAUUUGUGUGAAAAUUGUAUUUUAAUGAUCUGAGUCCUCUCCUUUAGCAGAAUGUGCUAUUCUCCAUCGCAUGUCUCUCUUAUCUAGGAAAAUUAGUUUUUAUUGCACAGCAAAUGUUCAGGUGCAGUGUAGUUGCAGAAAACAUACUUAAAUACUUGGAAAAAAGGUAACAAUUGGCUCUUUAGAGCCUGGCAGGAAGUAAAUGAUUCUGCUGCCAUGUGUUUUCUUUAGUUUUUAAAUGUUUGGCUAGAAUUUUUGUUUUUUAAAUCUAGGUAUGUAAUUUUUUCUUAUUAUUUUCUAUAUGAAAUGUACCACGUGCAUCUUGUCAUGACAUUUAUGUAAAACAGGUGCAGUUUUUAAACUGAGUUAAAUCUGUUGAAAUGCUCUUUUAUUGUUAAAAAAACAUGAAAUGUUUUUAAAAAACACUUUACCCAUUUUAACAACUAUAUCACCAUGAUACAUAUGGACUUUCUGUUUAAUGACAGAUCCUUAGGGUUCAUUUUUGAGUACAUAGGGAAGCAUCUCAUGCAGCUGCACUAUUGGAAAGUGAAAUGUGUAUCCUUAUAUAAAAAUCCUCAAUUUGUGUCUUACCUCCUAACUAUAGUUCUGUCCUUCUCAGAGCCUGCUAGUUCCCAGGCAUUUAGAGGAUUACAUGUCCUAAACUGCUGUAUGGUUAUCUGAUGUGAAAUCCCAUGCUUUUACCUUUUGCAUGUUGGGAAAAGGCUGGAGAAAAUUCUGCAAAACCUUCUGGGGCUCUCUGGGUACCACAGUCUGGUUCACAAAAAGGACCUCGAAUCUGAGAGGCCUUCUGCUCUGGAUCCUGCUUCCAUUAAUACCAUGGAGCAGUAACCUACGGGCAAGGAAUGGAGCUGGCUGUGAAAAGCACAUGAAGGUAUCUGGAAAGCCUUGUCUGUUUUUCCAAGGGGUGAGGCCAGAGCACUAUCCACUGGGUUCUUUUUGCAGUGUGGACCCUAUUAACAACUUCCUUCUUCUACAUGGUGCCACACUAAGAUUAAUUUUAUGCCUCAAGGGAAAUCCCCCAGUGCUGUCUAAGAACUUGCUCUUCUGUCUCUGGAUAAGUGCUGCAAGUUGACUGUGAAGCCAAGUGGGUGAUCUGUGUAGGGACAAGUGAGGAAACUUGGUGACUUGCUGGCCCGGUGGCUGCACCAUCACUGCACUGUGGGGGGGAUUUGGAUUUGGUUCCUGAGCGUUUCAGGACCUGGCUUUGGGGAAGUGGUUGCUGCCUGGCGUCCCCGAGAAUCUCCCAUGAAAGGAAUCUCAGUGGAUGGCAGCAGUCAAAUGUGGGUCCCCUGUCCCCGCUAGGGCUGGGAAGUCCCUGAGAGCUGUGAAUGCUGAGAGGCUGCCCUGGCGAGCCAUGGAUGUUUCCUCAGCAUGGGGCACUGGCUUUUGGGGCUGCUGAGCUCCUGUGGGAAAUGCUUUAAGCUCGCUGAGUCAUAGGAGUCAGUGCCUGCUGUUACCAUAGAAAUCAGAUCAGCUGCUAGGGGUGGGGAGUCCUUGUCCCUUGGCUCCACUGCUUCGUGGUUCCAGCAUGAGCUCACGGUGCUAGGGAACCUGAAUUCUUGCUCCUUGCCCUGUCGAGAUCAGAGGUCAGGCAGCUGUGGCAGCCCUCACCAGAGGGAAGGGAAUCAUUUUGCUUGGAUCUUUGCGUGGCUGCAGUGGUGGGACCCUGUGCGUCUGAUGUGCUGUCUUGAUGGACUGCUGCCUGUAUAUGUCAUGCUCUUUCAUAUUUUGGGAAACGCUGCAUUUGAUUAGCAAUAGCUUCCAGUCCUUUGGGAGCCCAGAAAGGUGGAAACUGUUUGCAAACUGGUGAGUAGCAGAUAAGGGAGGACACGAAGUAAAUAAUAAGCUUGGAAUGGUCCAAAGGGAGAGGAAAACCACUGAAUAUCCAAUUUUCUGUGGUCUCAAAGUGCAUCCCCAAGCUUGGUGGCAAGUACAGACCUGAGCAUGUGUGUGACAUCUUCCAGAGCUCAAUCUCUCACGGGUCUUGUCCUCUGUGCUCACUCUGAGUAACUGUUUCGUUGUUUUCUCUGGAUGAAUAUACACAUUCAAGCUCUAGAGGUGGAAGAUGCAAAACAUCAUUGCCCCCUCUCCAUUCUGCUAAAGGAAAUAGCUUUACUGCAAAUGCACUUUUCACACUAAGGUGUUGUUUCUCCUCAGAUCAUCUUUGAACCCUUUGCUCUCCUCAUAAAGCAAUAUAAGCACAAGCAUUUCUGUGAAACAGUGUUGUAGAGACUCUUGCUAAUGCAAGGUGUCACUUUGUUUUUCUGCAGUUCCUCUUGGCUUGCUGCCUGCUGACCACUGAAUUACUGUGCAUGUAGUCUGUGUGAGCAAUCCACAUCUACAUAGCUGUCCUUUUUAAUGUUUCCUUGCUUACUUCCAGGAGACUGGAUUCAGAGGAUAAUAGCUGCUUCCCAAGGAUUGUCCCUAAGAGUUGGUACUCUUAGGAGGUCCUGUAUGCUGUGCUAGCUCAGACCCAGCUUUAAUGUAUCUUCUGCUUCAGAUGAGAUCCAUGUUCUAGACGCUGCAAAAUAAACUGCGGUAUUUGGGGACCAUGGCUACAGACCCGCUGUCAGAGCUUCAGGAUGACCCGAACUUGGAUGAUACCAGCCAGUCUCUUAGCCAGCUCAAACUGGCCUCCAUAGAUGAUAAGAACUGGCCAGCAGAUGAAGUCCCUGCUUUUCCCAAAUCAGAUGACUCCAAAGGCUCCCCUGAGCCUGUCACUCACCUGCAGUGGGAUGAUCCCUACUAUGAUAUCGCCAGGCACCACAUUGUGGAGGUAGCAGGUGAUGACAAAUAUGGAAGAAAAGUCAUUUUGUUCAGUGCCUGCCGGAUGCCCCCAAGUCAUCAACUAGAUCAUGUGAAACUGCUGGGGUACCUGAAAUUCACACUGGACCAGUAUGUGGAGAGUGAUUACACUCUGGUGUACCUGCACCAUGGCCUGACCAGCGAGAACAAGCCAUCCCUGAGCUGGUUGCGGGACGCCUACAGGGAAUUUGAUCGCAAGUACAAGAAGAACAUCAAAGCCUUGUAUAUUGUGCACCCAACCAUGUUCAUCAAGACCCUGCUGAUACUCUUCAAGCCUCUGAUCAGCUUUAAAUUUGGACGAAAGAUUUUUUAUGUGAAUUACCUUAGUGAGCUGGAGGAGUAUGUGAAGCUGGAACAGUUGGGGAUCCCAAGCCAAGUACUGAAGUAUGAUGAAUACCUGAGAUCCCUGCAGAAACCUUUGCAAGUGCCCCAGAAGCCAACACCCCCACGCCCACCACUGCCAAACCAGCAGUUUGGAGUCUCCCUACAGCAUCUCAGGGAGAAGAGCCCUGAUCAGUCUCCUGUUCCUCUGGUGGUCAGAGACACCAUUGCUCACUUGCAGGAGCAUGCUCUUAAUACAGAGGGGAUUUUCCGGAGAUCAGCAAAUACACAGGUUGUCAGAGAGGUCCAGCAAAAAUACAAUAUGGGUGUGCCUGUAGAUUUCCAGGAGUAUGAAGAUGUCCACCUCCCUGCUGUGAUUCUCAAGACCUUCUUGAGGGAGCUACCUGAGCCCCUCCUCACUUUUGGCCUCUACAGCCAUGUUGUCAGCUUCCAGAGUGUGGAAGAGGAGAAACGUGUGGAUGUUGUUCGCAAAACACUCCAGGGUUUGCCAGAAGAAAACUACCAAGUGCUCCGUUUACUGACAGCCUUUCUGGUGCAGGUCUCUGCUCACAGUGACAGAAACAAGAUGACCAACACCAACCUGGCAGUUGUGUUUGGCCCAAAUCUGCUCUGGGCCAAGGAUGUGGCCAUCACUCUAAAAGCCAUCAAUCCCAUCAAUACCUUUACCAAAUUCCUGCUGGACCACCAGAAGGAGCUGUUUGAGGCUGCAGAGGCCUGAAUCCAGGCCAGGCCACACCUGCACACUGUGCCCACCUUCCCCCUUCUUUGUCUUGGAGCUGUGACCAAGCUGUCUCCAGUACAAAGGGACCAUUGAUCUUCUGGGUGAUGAGCAAAGUGAGGGCUGUGGAGAUGAUGGUGAAAGUGUGCAAGUAAGUGAGGAGGAGACCUGCAGCUCUGGAUGGGCAGGGGAGCUGGUCUCCCACCUGCUGAGAUUGGAGUCUAAGCCACCAGCGCAGCUCCUCCAGGGCUCAUCACCAGUCUUUUGCCCUAUCAGAUGACCUGCCUUCCUUUCCUUCUUCCCUUAUGUGCAGUUUUUCUGCCCUCCUGGUCCGUUCCUCAGCACAGAUCUUUUUGUUCAAGCUCCCAAUAGUCCCAGCUCACCCCUCCUUGCCUCAGCUGGGCUGUCUGGGCUAGGGCGGGCUUGCUGGGUUUUGUGAUGGAGACAUUCUUACUGUGAGUGCCAUUUCUCAGCACUGAACAUGCCUUUCCCCAGGGGCAGCUAAAGCAGGGAAGGGAGCAGCAGCCCUUGUGCUUCAGGUAGCAGCAUGUCCUGCACUUGCAAACACCACUCUAGACCCCUGCUUUUAGUAGGCAGGUGAAGGACAGGCUCACAGCAAUGGGCCGUGUUACCUGUCAGACUCCAAAACAAUGAAGGUGAGUUCAGCCCAAAGCCCAGCCCCUCUAGGGUUACCCACUCCAGGUACUAUUCAGUGUUUGCUGGACUGUAGUGGAUGACUUGCCUCCCGUAGGUAUGCAGCUCAGGUGUGUUUGUCCCUCCAGCAGCACUUCCAGCCUGGCUGCUGGUGAGCCUGAAUGGCAGGAGCAAGUGCCCUGGUGGCACUGAGCUGCUGAACACCAUGAGGAUCACCAUCUGCCCUGGCAGCAGCACAAGGCCUCUUCAGGCAUAUCUGUCUGUGCUGACUGACACAGACCACCUUGACUAGUUAGUUGUCUUUUUGAGCACAACUUUCCCCAGCACAGUGUAACAGAGAGCAUGGCCUUGAGGGAAGGUCUGGGGACUGGGGCUAACCCUCACCAUGGAGUGCACCAUUACAAAUUUCUGCCCAGGUGCUGAGCACUCGUGCCAAAGCUCUGAGGGAACAGCUAUUCCAUGCCAAGGGUCUUUGCCGUGUCUCCUCCUGGGUUCAUACCUUCCACCCUUCCAUCUGGCCAGGUGCAUCCUGUAUGCCCUGGGCACAGGUGGAGAGGUCGUGUUCUCUGCAAGGCUCAGAAUGGAGUGGCACCUCCCUGGAGCAGCUGUUACAGCAUCUCUGUUGGCUUUGGGUUGCCUCAUUCCCAUUACCUGAGCUAAAAGAGAGCCUUCUCUUCAGCCUGGGCCCGUCAGGGUUUUAGGAGGGAGCUUCUAGCCUUACUUCACUGGUGUGAUUUAUCUUUGUAUCUUGUGCCCUGUGUGCCUGGGCCAGACCUCCCUGCUGCACCUGGCUUCAGGGACAAAUCUUUAGGACCAAGCAGAACUGCUUUUUUUAAAAUUUACUGGAUGCUAAAUAGAACUUGCUUUUUCCUAAUAUUUUAGCCUGCCUUUAAACACUGACCAAGGGUCAGUGUCCGUGGUGUAAUCAAAGUAAGUGGCAUCUCCUACAGGAAUUAAGGAGAUUGCUCUUUUUGUUAAACUCUGGAAUGGAGAUGGGUGCAAACGUAGGCAGCUCUGCAAGGCAGCACAGGUCCAGCCAGCUGGCUUGGAGCAGACACACCUACACGUGGGUGGGAGCAGUGAAAAAGAAAGUGAGCAUUACUAAGACUGGAGCAAGAGUUGUUCUAAGAUAGGACUGGACCUGAUCCUUUGUAGACACUGGGAGACUUUACCCUAUAGAGGCUACCAGGCUGCUGACUUCAAGUCUCCCUUUUCCAAGAAUAGGAUCCUUCCCUGUUUGACCAGGAUAUGAAUUGUUUCAUCCUGAGCAAUUCACAGCAGUAACUAAGUAAAUGUUUUGGAGGGAGGGAUAAUCUGCUCCUAAUUCAUCUGUGAUCUCUUCUAGAGUGAGUUAGCAGGGUUGAUGUGCUGUAGAGGAAUUAAUCUGGUGUGGACUAGUGUGGAGAGAGGUGUAUUUGUCCCAGUGUUUAAGGGGCAAGACUUUGGAGGCUUAGGGAGCCCAGUGCAGCCCCUCUUUCCAUGCAGGUGUCCUGCUCUGUAGAGGCUUUGGUUGGGGGGAGAAGGAGACUUGGUGCUCUGACUGUAUCUGCAGCUGACACUGGCUUCACCUUCAUCUCCCUAGAGGAAAGGCAAGCCCAGCUAACUUCUGAGACAAAUGCCCAAGCUCGACAACCUGGAAUCCAAGUGCCUGAGUGCAUGAAGCCUGUCCCUAUGCACUCUCUGGGGAAAGUGGCAUGUUCUGGGCUUGCAGAGCAGCAAGGACUGUUCCCUGCCCAGUAGCCAGAGGAGCAGUCCUGGAGUAGCUCCUGUCCAGGGGAAAGUGGGGAAUACUGCAAGUGUCCAGGUUCUGGCUGGAGUUUGGUGGUUUAUUUUAGGGUGUUCUUUUGGGGGGGAUUUAGUUUUUGGGUUUUUUUUAGUGAAUUCUUGAAAUGACGUUUCCUUUUUUAGCAAAAUAGAGGCUGGUUCACCCCCUGCAGGCAGGGAUAAAAGCCUGCUCCAGUUCAGUGCCUGCAGGGAGCAGAUUUGGAGAGUGUUCAGGGAACUACUACUGUUCAUGGUGGGAAAGUGCUUGCAAAUCCUGGAAGGAACCCACUGUAAAUAUCCCCUUUCCUCUGCUGCUCCGUGUGCUGGAGCUGCUGAGUGCCCUGGAGCAGGCACAAUAACCAGAGUUGUUUUUGCAGUCUGUUCUCCUGAAUGCCUUGUAUUGAAAUAUUCCUCUUGUGAUCUGAGCAAGGAACUGGCCCAGGCCUGCCUGCAGCCUGUGUCAGGUGGGUGGUCACCAGAGCCUGCACCUGCUAAGGCCAGGGGGUCAAAUUCCCUCCUCACAUGGGCAGGGUCCUGCCUAGGCUGGGUUUCUCUGCCUUGUAUAGGUCGGGGUGUACAAUUAAGGCGCUUGUCUGUGUCAGUUUUCUCCUUGCUAUAGAGCUGCCCGAGGAUCUCUUCCCUGGCUUACCUUUCAGGUUAGCUGUUGGCCAUUUCUUCCUGUAGGGGUACUUGUUCUGCAUCAACCUCCUGCUUUUAGCACCUAGAACAUUCCCUUCUGCUAAGCCUCCUGCUGUCUUAAUGGCCUCUGAUCACUCCAUGGCCCAAGCUGUGAAUUGACACCAGAGCUUUUGGGUGGUGCAGGGGUUCUGGGGCCUUCCAGAUGCCUUGUGUGCUAACAUGAGAGAGCUGAGGGCCAGUUUGGUCCCAGUUUCCUUUUAUAUGCACAGGGGUUCCUGUGCAAAGAUCCUGGCUUUGCUUUUGUUGCUGAUGUUUGCCACCUUCUUUGUUGAUGUUCAUCAGGUGCAGGCCUGGGUUUUCACAGUUCACACUGUUUAUUUUCUUUUAAUCUGCACCAAUCUUGUAUUUCACAGUUUGCACUUUUUGUAUUUCAAUAAAAAUCAAAAUGUAAUCUCAGAUCCAGAUAUGUCUGUCAAGUGGCAGCAGCAGUGGCACAUCUACAAGAAACAAGUAAGGCUGUCUAUGCUGCCAGCCACAACCACACUGCAAGGGAGAAAAGAAAGUAUGAAAUGCAUCUUAUGUGAGUAUCUCUGAAGAAAUACUAGUUUGCAGGAGCCUUGGGCUGGAAACAGAGUUAAAACAAAAAUGUGGUAUAGAUUUGGCUCUUUCCUGAAGAGGGUUGUUCUUCCACAUUACCAUCUUCCUGUCAUGGUGAGCAGUCUGCAUAGGAUUGCCAAGGAUGCCAAGUGGGAGCUACCUUAGGAUUAUCUGGCUAAAUUUCUCUUGUAGCCAGGUGAUACAUGCAGCAGAAGCCUGCACCUUCACAUUUCAAUGUAUGUGGAUUGGUAAUUUGAUGAACAGUAGUCUCGUUAGGACCACCAUGCUCCCCUUGAUCCAUAUUCAGUUCACCUCCUUUUCCUAAAGACUGCAAUUUACCUGUUACAUCAGUAAGCUUUCUGGCUAGGAUGGAAGAAUUAGGAGUAAAAUGGAGAUCACUGGAGCUAAGACAAUCAGCAUUGGGCAGUAGCUGGGAUGACUGCUGGGAUGUCAGUGAUGAUGUGUCAGGGUGAUGUGUUAAUGCUGUUGUCGACACUUGCAUGUCUAAACUGUGCUGCUUGCCAGUUUUUACUGUUCAUAAAUUGUCCAGUUAAGGGC